AAUGAGAGCCGAGGAUUACCAACAGCUGAAGGAGGGACAAUACUCAGUUGCUGUUUGAUCUUCCGAGAGUUAAGACAUUUCGAACCAGAAUGUGUCCUAAAGAGACCCUUCUCUGUACAGAGACAAUGCUUGAUGAAACAGAGAAAAAUAUAGAAAUAGAACAAUAUUUUGGAGUAAAAAGUGUUCUAGACAAAAUUAUUUUGAAAGACAAACGAGUGAUUCAAAAUAUGAUUGCGGAAGAGAAACACUUUAUGCGAUUCGAUUACUGUGCUAAUCUCCAGACAGAGAUUAAACCUCACAUGAGAAAGAUAGUUGUCGACUGGAUGCUGGAGGUUUGUGAAGAUCAACAAUGUCAACCUCAAGUCUACCAUUUAGCUGUCAACUAUCUUGAUAGAUAUUUAUCAAAAAGAUUGAUUAAAAAGCCACAAUUCCAGUUUUUGGCCACGGCCUGCUUGUUUGUAGCUUCUAAAAUGUCUGAAGUUGUUCCAAUGUCUUCAGAAAAAUUGAUAAUUUUCACAGACAACUCCUUAUCCUUUACAGAACUCCUAUCUUGGGAACUCCUACUCCUGCAGACCUUAGGCUGGGAAUUGACCCCCUCCACUCCCUUCUCCUUUCUUGAAUUCAUCCUGCAGCAGCCUUUCUUCGCCUCCUGUCCUCUCAUGGACAAAAUAAGACGACAUUCAGAAUAUCUUUUAAUAAUUGCUACAAGUGAAUAUCAGUUUCUAAGCAUAUCUCCGUCUCUUCUGGCAACCAGUGCAGUUUUAACAGCUUUCAGUGGACUUGUACAAUAUUCCAGAAAGCCAAGCCUUGUCGCCGUUUUAAGCCAUUUAGUUGGCCGACCGGAAAAGGAAAUAAAUUUUGUAAAAUUGGCGAUUGAACGAUUGAUCGAAAGCUAUAGAGAAUUUAAAUCUGAGUCUGACAAACCUCUAGUCAAUAAUGUUGCAUUUAACCAUGUCAUAGUUGUAUAGAAAUAUAGAGAUUGUUAAAUUUA